AAAACAUUGAGUAAACUGUUUGUAUGAAAAAGCAACACAUUAAACCAAUCAUGUUCCACAGUUUAAUUUUAUAUUUCGAAUAUAUAACAAACUGAAUCUAAUGCGAAUAAAUCAGAUGGAAUUAAACUUAGACACCUGUAUGAGAUAUCAUCAAGUUUAUUUUCUAAAAAUGUUGCCCACGUCCAUUGAAAUCUGACAAGUUUUUACCUACCGAAGUAGAAGAAUCGUGUACACAUCGAUAAACUGAUAAAUUUGCAACGUUCCUUCAGUUUUAUGACAUAUGUCAUUUAAGUCAGUAGUUCGAAUCAUGCAUUGUUUUAACUGCCUUUGAAAUUAUUCAUCGAAACAACAUACACAGUAAUCUUCAUCAGAAAUGCCUUCAAAAAGAAAAAUAGAUCUUAUGAUAUACAAAUUAGAUGCUGACUAGUAAAUUUAUCAGAUCCCGUGUAAAAUGAAUACCACCAUGUACCUGAAAUAUGUUAUGAAUACUGUUAGCAUCAGUAUAUGCAUUUAUAAUGAAAGCUUUCAAGGACUAGCUUAAUUUUAGAAAAAUAUGCAUGGGCAUAACAACUUUGAAAAUGAUAAGAAACUUGCAAUGACUAUUGAACUAAAUGUAUAUAUUUUUAUAAAAUUAUUUUUAGGUACUUUAGGCAUAUCAGCUAUUCUUUUCAACAUAUGCGUCUCAUUAUUGUGGAUAUUCUAUAUCUUCGGAUGUAAAUCUUUAAAGUGUUCAUUAAAUCGCAGUAAUCAAAACAACGAUUCUACCAGUCCCUCAACACGGAUAUCGACGGGAAACAGUACAGUGGAAAGUGUUGUUAAUGAUGUUAAUUACAAUUCAUUAUAUGAAUGGCCAAAGUGUUCUCUGCGUACAUCUACAAAAAUAUUUAUUUUUUCUAUCGUUAUAAGUGAUUUAGUUGGACAUAUGACCUCUGGUGUACGAUUUACUAUUUUGUCUACGAUAGGAAAGGAUAUACGACUAUGUUUCAGUGAUUUGUUGUGCAGGGCUCAAAUAUACUUAGCCUUCACAGUGGCUAAUAUUUCCGGGUGGCAGUUCUCUUUUUUAUGCUUUGAACGCUGUUACAUUCUCAUUAAAUCCAAUUCCAACUAUACACGUACACCUCAAACGUACUGGCUAGCUAUUACACUAACCUGUUUUACACUAAUUACAGCAUUACUCGCGGAGAUAUAUGCAUUAUUACCAGACGAAAAGGUGUGCAGUCCAUUUUAUACAAACCGUAUUGUAAAUGCUUAUAAAAGUAUACAUACUGCAAUGCUUCCAGCCUUAUUAACUAUGAUUUCAUCAAUAAUGUUGUUAACCUUUCUUGUUAAAAUGAGGAUUAGUUUCAGAAACAGGAGUUCGUUUGAUAACCGUUUUUGCAAUCAAAGAAGAUCAGGUAUUUCAGGACGGAUAACAAUGGCUAAAAGGAUGUUCUUCGUUUCUGUUUGCCAUCUAUUAAUUCAAUCCAUCGUAAUUAUUUUUGCAAACAGUGCUGGACAUUAUUGUUGUUAUUACACAUCAAAAAGUGUUUUACACCUAAAAGACUAUUUUUACAUUAUGUUAAUUAUGCUACGGUUAAUCAUUCAUUCAUUAAGAACAUUCUUACUAAUUUCCGGUUCAUCGGUUAUAUGUCGGGAUAUUAAAAUCAUCUUAAGGAUAAUUAAAACAAAUGUAAAAGAUGUUCUAAAUAUAUGAAGGCUAAACUUUCUUCAUUCUUUCUCUUAUUUAUCGAAACAUUUCAACAUUUUAUGCAGAAUAUUCAUAUAUUUCAACGUUUGAUCAUUAUAAUUUAGUUGAAUGAUUGUAGGACUAUUAAAUAUUUAUGAGUAGAAAUGCUGAACUUUAAAAAUAAAAAGAUAAUUUGCAUCGUUUGAAUACAGUUUUAAUCUCAUGGAUACUGCUGAAAAGUCAAUUUUUACUCCUCUUUUGAUAUCACAAUGUACAUUAAAAUGCCUCUGUAAUAAAACCUGCCUUCUGUUCCAGGAUAAAUCCAGUUCAGCUAUUAUUUGCAAGUGAGCUAGUGUUUUCCUUCCUUUCUAAAUUUACAUCCUUCUUUUAAUCC